GUUGCCUCCAUGAACUGUCGACCUAUCACAGCACGUUCCGCUGCGCCUCGCGCUUCCUUGGUGACAAGGUUAGCAACGCCACGACACUUUCGCAAUUCGCAAGUGACUAUUCAUGAAACAAAAACAGUGAAAUCCUUACAUCAACAAAUAUGUUACUUAAUGUAAAGACGUAAACUAAAGUGCUUCCAAGAGUUAAAUCCCUGAACAUGGAGAUACCGGGCUCUUUGGGCCGGAAGAAAUUUCCCAAUAAAACAGAGGACACUGUGGGUUUAUUACCACAAAUUCAACAGGUUCGGUCAAAACCUCGGUGGCAUGAAGCAAGACCAAGCUUUAUACUUCAGAAACAUGUUCAAGACGACUCUGUGCUCUCCAGAGAAAUGCAAGAAUCAGGGGUGCGAUGGCGUCAGAUUCGUCAUCAUAAAAGUCAACAGCAUGUGAAGUCCAAAGAUGGAGGGAUCGCAGGAGUGUCUUUUAAGCACCGUGGAAGUUUCCAACCCAAGAGAGACCGUGAGCACUUCCGCAGUGCUCUUGUCGGCAUUAUUAUGCAGCGUGAAAAUGCCUCAGCUAUGUCCAACACACAAGAAAGCUUUCCAUCUUCAUCUGGUUCAAUUACAGCUGCGGAAAAAGACAUUUUGAGAUAUUACUACUUCAUCCGUAAUGGGAUAGGCACAGAGGAUGUGGCACCCAUGGAAGACUCCUGGCUACAGAAUGUGCUUGCUUUAAUCCCUAAGCAGCUGAGGAGUUUGAGAGGAACCAUUGAGGCUCUUUCAGAUGAGAUGAGAGAGGACUAUGUGCUCAAUAUCAAAAAGGCUAUUGUGGAUUUUGUGCUACGGGACCCAAGAGAGCAUGAAGAGGGUAAAGCCAGAGAUCUUCCCCCUCAUAGACAGGAAUUGGAAGUUAUUCCAAAGCCAUGGAAAAGUUCUUUUCUUCAGUCCCAGAAAAGCAUGAGAAACCAGCUUCACUCAAUCAAUCCCACAAUGCUUUCAGUACUAAAUCUGUGGCAAGUGUCUUACAAGAAGUUGCGUCUCAUUGAAGUAGAGGUCUUUCACAAUGAACAUGAGCCUAUGGAGCUGUCUGCCUUUCAGCAGUUAGUCAACAAACACAUUGAAUGUGCCAGAAGCAUCCUCUUCACAAAAUGGCUACCAGAUGUGCAGCAAAUUUUUAAGCUUGGUAUCAAGCGAAAACUCAUCCCUAGCAACACUAAUGUCGCCCAGCUCCAGUCCUUUUACAACUGUGUGGCCACACUCAUGACAUCCCAGCUCCAAAGUCUAGUGCUUGAAUCCAUUCAGGACUACACAAACCUCAUCACCCAGGACCCUCUUUCGGUGACCUGUGAGCAUCUUGGGUUUGUCGUAAGGCUGGUACUGGACCAAAAAAAGAUCAAAUUUGAACCUGAUUUCAAAGUUUUUGAAGUUGCCCUGCUUAAUGUUUAUGAUGUGAUGCUGACAUCUAUAAGUCUGAUUCCUCGGGUGGACACAGAAAGGCCUGACUCAGAAACACAGAGUUCCUUGAAACCUGUUGUACUGCCAGAGAUCCUGGAAGCCCAGCAGCAGAAGGUCAGGCAGGUAAUCCGUGCAGAAAGUGCCAGACCUUUGGAGCAUGUGCGUCUCUAUGAUAAAUAUGCCCUGCUAGUGUCCCAGCAAGCUGAAGAGGAUGUGACCCAGUUCCUCCAGGAGCAGCACUCAUUCCAGGAGCUGAUGACGGAGAUGACCCGCUAUCAACAGUUAGCGGAUGAGAUCCAGUACAGCACUGUCAAGGUGGUGCGUUUGGGUAUGUUUGAAGUUCACUCUCAUGAACUGGUACGUUCCCUUGUUAAGCGAGCGGAGGGUCUUAAGCAGAGAUUGGUCACUCAGAUGUUGAAGGAUCAUCAAGAGUUCAAUAAGAAGUUGUGUGAGGAAUAUGAUAAAAUAUCAAAGAAAGCACUGAGCCAUCCAUCAAACACACAGGAACUCAUGGAUCUUACGGCAUAUGUGAAGAAGGCAGAAACAGAGGAGAUGCCUCAGCUGGAACUGAAGCUCCGUGAGUCAAAUAGCAGGUUGUGUUUCUUGGUGGAUUAUGUCACAUUCUCCCUCACAGAUAUUCAACUGAACAGCAAGACAUUCCAGAGUCACACACGAAUGCCAUCGGUUUUUGAUCAGCACCGCCAGAUCAUUAAGGAAAAGACCGGACUGUUCCAGGAUGGCCUCAAGUUGAGGUGUGAGAGGGCUUUGGAGGAUCUAGAGAGCUAUGCCAAGCAAGUGGAGGAGUUUGUAACCUUUGGUGACCUCUCUGAGCUCAACAAGUACCUGAAAAAAGCCCACGUCCUCAAUUCCAAACUGGAAGUUGUUGCGGAAAAGAUCGUGGGCUUCAACCAGGAGGAGGAGGCCUUUGGUUGGCCUGUCUCUCAGUACCCACAACUCAAAACAAUUCAGGACCGCCUGCUCCCAUACAUGCGACUGUACGAGAUGGCGGCUGAGUUUAAAAAGCAGCACCAUCAGUGGGUGCAUGGCCCACUCGCAGCUGUCAACCCAGACAAAGUGGAAUCUGAUGUGGCGAAUUACAGCCGCUCGCUGUACAAGCUUGAGAAAAACCUCCAGGACUCGCCCAACGCUCUCCAAAUCGCAACCUCUGUGAAGGCAGAAGUAGAGGCGUUUAAGGAACACAUUCCUCUAGUACAGGUGUUGUGUAAUCCGGGUCUCCGUGAUCGGCAUUGGGAGGCCAUGUCAACAGUAGUCGGCUUCCCCCUCAGGUCGUCAGAAGAGGACGCCUGUGUGGCACACUUUCUUCCCCUGCAUCUGGAAGAUCAUCUCCCCACCUUCGAAACCAUCAGUGAAGCGGCCAGUAAGGAACAUGGACUGGAGAAGGCCAUGGAACGCAUGGCCGGUGAAUGGGCCGGGAUGGAGUUUAACCUCCUGCCUUAUCGUGAAACCGGGACCUCGAUUCUGUCAUCAUUGGAUGAGAUACAGAUGCUACUGGAUGACCACAUUGUCAAGACCCAGACCAUGAGAGGCUCACCCUUCAUCAAGCCAUUUGAGACUGAGAUACGGGAGUGGGAGAAUAAGCUGCUUCUGCUGCAGGAAAUUCUCGAUGAGUGGUUGAAGGUUCAGGGCACCUGGCUAUACCUUGAACCCAUCUUCAGUUCCCCAGACAUCAUGUCCCAGAUGCCCACCGAGAGAGAUCGCUUUACAUCUGUGGACAAAACUUGGAGGGACACUAUGAAACAAGCCAGCUUGGACAAGCAUGUCCUGGCAGUGGUGGCCAUUGAAAAGAUGCUAGACAAGAUGAAACACAGUAAUGAGUUGCUGGAGCUCAUUCUGAAAGGUCUAAAUGAAUACUUGGAGAAGAAAAGACUGUAUUUCCCCCGCUUCUUCUUCCUGUCCAACGACGAGCUGCUAGAGAUCCUCUCCGAGACUAAAGAUCCAACCAGAGUGCAGCCCCACCUGAAAAAGUGUUUUGAGGGCAUUGCUAAUGUCGUGUUCACUGAAGUUCUGGACAUCACUCAUAUGAAGAGUAGUGAAGGGGAGGUGGUGGAGCUGCUGGAAACCAUCUCCACCUCUAAAGCUCGUGGGCAGGUGGAGCAGUGGCUCCUGGAGCUAGAGACUGGCAUGCUUCGCUCUAUACACAAGGUGAUAGGAGAUGCAUUUGAAGCGUAUCCCAAGGACCUGCGGAUUAACUGGGUUAGGGCCUGGCCGGGUCAGACUGUGCUCUGCGUCUCACAGGUUUUCUGGACAAAGGACAUUCAUGAAGCCAUUGCAAAGGGACCAAAGGCUCUGCAGGCCUAUCUGGAACAAAACAAUUCUCAGAUAGAUGACAUUGUGACCCUGGUGCGCGGCAAACUGUCCAAACAAAACCGGGUAACACUGGGAGCACUGGUGGUGCUUGAUGUUCACGCCCGGGAUGUGCUGGCCUCUUUGGUUCAGAAGGGUGUGGAUGAUGAAACCAACUUUGAGUGGCUCAGCCAACUGCGCUACUACUGGAUCGAAAACCAACUUCAGACAAAGAUGAUCAAUGCAGGCUUGGCUUAUGGCUAUGAAUAUCUUGGAAACACACCACGCUUGGUCAUCACCCCUCUCACUGAUCGCUGCUAUAGAACUUUAUUUGGUGCCCUGCAUUUACACUUGGGCGGAGCCCCAGAAGGCCCUGCAGGUACCGGAAAGACUGAAACCACCAAAGACCUGGCUAAAGCCGUAGCUAAACAGUGUGUGGUCUUCAACUGCUCAGAUGGCUUGGACUAUAUUGCGCUGGGCAAGUUCUUUAAGGGCCUGUUGUCGUCUGGUGCCUGGGCCUGCUUUGAUGAGUUUAAUCGAAUCGAUCUGGAAGUGCUUUCUGUGGUGGCUCAGCAAAUUUUAACCAUUCAGAGAGGUAUUUCUGCCCAUGCUGAGAUGCUGCAGUUUGAGGGAACAGAGCUAAAACUGAACCCUACCUGUGCUGUAUUCAUCACCAUGAACCCAGGAUAUGCGGGCCGCUCUGAACUCCCAGAUAACUUAAAGGCUCUGUUCCGGACAGUAGCUAUGAUGGUGCCAGACUAUGCUCUAAUAGCUGAGAUUGUGCUCUAUUCUUGUGGAUUUGUCCGAGCACGACCGCUCUCAGUGAAGAUUGUAGCUACGUAUAGAUUGUGCUCAGAGCAGCUCUCCUCCCAGCAUCACUAUGAUUACGGCAUGAGAGCUGUCAAAUCUGUUCUGACUGCCGCAGGGAACCUAAAGCUGAAGUUUCCGGAAGAGAAUGAGGAUAUUCUGCUGCUCCGAUCUAUUAUUGAUGUUAACCUUCCAAAAUUUCUCGCUCAUGAUUUGCCAUUAUUUGAGGGCAUCACUUCUGAUCUGUUUCCUGGGGUCAAGCUUCCAAAACCAGACUACAGUGUGCUGCUUGAGGCUAUCAGAGAAAACAGUGCUAAGAUGAACCUGCAGGUCACUGACUUUUUUGCAGAGAAGAUCCUGCAGAUCUACGAAAUGAUGAUCGUGCGUCACGGCUUCAUGAUAGUGGGAGAGCCUUUUGGCGGAAAGACGUCUGCCUACCGCGUGCUUGCCGCAGCCCUGCAUGACAUCUGUGAAAAGGGACUGAUGGAUGAGAAUAGGGUUCAGAUCACUGUUAUCAACCCAAAGUCAAUUACCAUGGGCCAGCUGUAUGGUCAGUUCGAUCCUGUGUCCCAUGAAUGGUCAGAUGGCAUCUUGGCUGUCAGCUAUAGGGGAUUUGCCACAUCCCAGAGUGCUGACAGAAAGUGGCUGAUCUUUGAUGGACCAGUUGAUGCAGUUUGGAUUGAAAACAUGAACACUGUACUAGAUGACAACAAGAAGCUUUGUCUCAUGAGUGGAGAAAUCAUCCAGAUGUCACCGCAGAUGAGCCUCAUCUUUGAACCCAUGGACCUUGAGGUGGCUUCACCAGCCACGGUAUCUCGGUGUGGUAUGAUCUACAUGGAGCCUCACAUGUUGGGUUGGCGACCUCUGAUGCUGUCCUGGCUCAACACUUUGCCGUCCACUCUGAGCUCCAUGCACAAAGAUUUCAUCACUGGCCUCUUCGACCGAAUGCUGCCCGCUUGUCUGCAUCUCAUCCGCAGAGGCACUAAGGAACUAUCUCCCACGUCCAACACCAGCCUGGUGAAGUCUCUGAUGAAUCUGAUGGACUGCAUGAUGGAUGAGUUCAGAGACGAGAGCCAGAUGAAGGGGAUGAACGAGAGAAACGUCUGCUCCUGGCUAGAGGGCAUCUUUGUUUUCAGCCUCAUGUGGUCAGUCGGGGCCAGCUGUACUGAGGUCGGACGGGUAAAGUUUGAUGGUCUGGUGAGAGAAAUGCUGGGAGGUGGUCUCAGUGAAGAGACACGCACACGUCAUGGGAUCUUAGAGCACGUGGAGCCACCCGCCAAGCAGCUAACUGUACCUUUACCCACAGAGGGUACCCUCUAUGAAUACCGCUUCCUCAAAGAGGGUCCAGGCAGAUGGGAGUUGUGGACGGAGGUGCUGAAGACUGUGCCCCCCAUCCCUAAAGAUGUGCAGUUUAAUGAAAUAAUUGUGCCUACGGAGAACACAGUACGCUACACUGCCCUCAUGGAGCUGCUCAUCACUCAUCAGAAGCCCACUGUCUUUGUCGGCCCCACGGGGACCGGCAAGAGCGUCUACAUUCUAGACUUUUUGCUGAAUCGCCUAGAGAAGGAUGUCUACAGUCCUCUUUUGAUCAACUUUUCUGCCCAAACGACAGCAGCGCAGACCCAAAACAUUAUUAUGUCUAAACUUGAUAAAAGACGAAAAGGCGUGUUUGGGCCUCCUCUGGGAAAGAAAAUGGUGGUGUUUGUUGAUGAUGUGAACAUGCCUGCAAGAGAAACCUAUGGAGCCCAACCUCCAGUAGAGCUUCUGCGUCAAUGGCUUGACCACUGGAACUGGUAUGACAUGAAGGACUGCUCGGUAAUAAGCUUAGUGGACAUCCAGAUCAUGUGUGCCAUGGGUCCUCCUGGUGGAGGUAGGAACCCAGUGACCCCUCGUUUUUUGCGUCACUUUAACACAGUGACCAUUAACGAAUUUGAUGACAAAACCAUGUUCACCAUCUUCUCAAGAAUUCUAGACUGGCAUUUAACCAUAAGAUUUCCAUUUCCCAAGUCGUUUGCCAGCAUCACUUCCCAGAUAGUCAACGCUACCAUGUCUGUGUACCAGGAAGCCACUAAGAACCUUCUGCCAACCCCAGCCAAGUCCCAUUACCUUUUUAACCUUCGAGAUUUUUCCCGCGUCAUCCAAGGGAUCUGCCUGUCACGACCCGAGACUGCAGAUGACCCUACAGCUAUCAAACGCCUGUGGGUGCAUGAGGUCUUAAGGGUAUAUUAUGACCGUUUGGUUCACCCGACUGAUUGUGCAUGGAUGGUAGACUUCCUGCAAAAAGUCUCCAAGUCUCACCUAAAAGAAGAUUUUCAUCAGCUCUUCAAACAUUUGGACCGUAACGCCAAUGGGCGCGUAACUGAAGAUGACCUUCGGAGCCUCAUGUUCUGUGAUUUCCACGACCCCAAGGGUGAAGACAAAAACUACCGUGAGGUGAGCAACCCUGAGCAGCUCCGUCAGGUGGUGGAGGCUCAUCUCGAAGAAUACAACAACAUCAGCAAAGCUCCCAUGAAUCUCGUUCUUUUCCGUUUUGCAAUCGAACACGUCUGUCGAAUCUCACGCAUUCUCAAACAGCCCCGUGGCCACGCUCUCUUGGUGGGCGUUGGAGGGAGCGGGCGUCAGUCGCUGACCCGCUUGGCCGCUCACAUGGCCGAAGCAGAACUCUUUCAGGUGGAGAUCUCGAAAAGUUACGGAGUAACAGAAUGGCGUGAUGACCUCAAACUCAUAAUGCAAAAGUCCACAUCUGGUGAAAGUCAUGGAGUCUUCCUCUUCACCGACACUCAGAUUAAAAUGGAGUCAUUUUUGGAAGAUGUGAGCAACUUGCUAAAUACCGGUGAGGUUCCUAAUCUCUUUGCCGUAGAUGAGAAGCAGGAGAUUUGUGAGCGCAUGCGCGUCUUGGACCGUCAGCGUGAGCGCAGUAAGCAGACAGACGGCAGUCCGCUGGCGCUGUUCAACAUGUUUUUGGAGCGCUGUCGCAGUCAGUUGCAUGUUGUUCUGGCCAUGAGUCCCAUCGGCGACACCUUUAGAAGCCGUCUGAGGCGUUUUCCUGCUCUCAUUAACUGCUGCACAAUUGACUGGUUUCAGAGCUGGCCGGAAGAUGCACUGCAGGCUGUGGCAUCACGUUUCCUGGAAGAUGUUGAAAUGACGGACAGCGCUCGUGCAGGCUGCAUCAGCAUGUGCAAGAGCUUCCACACUUCCACUAUCGACCUCUCCGCACGUUUCCUCUCAGAGCUGCAGCGUUACAACUAUGUCACACCAACUUCAUACCUGGAGCUCAUCUCUAUGUUCAAGCACCUGCUACAGCGCAAAAGAGACGAAGUCAUGAAGCUGAAGAGUCGUUAUGAGGUUGGUCUCCAGAAACUGGAGUCGGCUGCAGCUCAGGUGUCCACAAUGCAGGUGGAGCUGGAAGCUCUUCAGCCUCAGCUGCGAGUGGCCACUAAAGAGGUGGAUGAGAUGAUGGUGGUCAUCCAGCGGGAGUCUGUGGAGGUGUCCAAGACUGAGAAGGUGGUCCGUGUGGAUGAAGGAAUCGCUAAUGAGCAGGCAAUGGCUGCCAAGGCCAUUAAAGAUGAAUGUGACGCAGAUCUGGCUGUAGCCUUGCCCAUUCUGAAAUCUGCAUUGGAUGCGCUGGAUACACUCACUGCACAGGAUAUAACCGUGGUUAAAACUAUGAAGGCUCCUCCAGCUGGUGUCAAGCUGGUGAUGGAAGCCAUCUGCAUUCUGAAAGGCAUAAAACCAGACCGUAUUCCAGACCCCUCGGGUACUGGCAAAAAGGUGGAAGACUAUUGGGGUCCAGCAAAGAAGCUGCUAGGCGAUAUGAAGUUCCUGCAGAGCCUUCAUGAGUACAACAAAGACAACAUCCCACCCGCCUACAUUAGCAUCAUUCGCAACAAAUACAUCACCAAUCCAGACUUUGUGCCGGAGAAGAUCCGUUUGGCCUCCACAGCCGCAGAAGGCCUCUGUAAAUGGGUCUGUGCCAUGGAAUCGUACGAUAAGGUAGCAAAAGUAGUGACUCCCAAAAAAGAGAAGCUGGCGCUGGCAGAGCAGGAGCUGAAGGUGGCCAUGGCAGGCCUUCAGAAGAAACAGGCUGCUUUGAAGGAAGUCCAGGAUAAACUGUUCAAACUGCAGGAGACCCUGGAAGCCAACAAGAACAAAAAAGUUGACCUAGAGAAUCAGGUGGAGUUGUGCAGUAAAAAGCUGGAUCGAGCAGAGCAGCUCAUUGGGGGAUUGGGGGGUGAGAAGACCCGCUGGAGUGAGACAGCCUUUAAUUUAGGGCAACUCUACAACAACCUGACAGGAGAUAUUCUGAUCUCUGCUGCUAUAGUGGCUUACCUUGGUGCAUUUACCUCCAGCUACAGACAGCGAGCGACAGAGGAAUGGAUUGACUUGUGCAAGACCAGAGGAAUUCCCUGCUCUAAAAACAUGUCCCUGAUGAACUCAUUGGGUGAACCGGUAAAAAUCCGCAGCUGGACUAUUGCUGGCCUACCUUCAGACAGCUUCUCCAUUGACAACGCAAUUAUUAUCUCUAAUGCAAGGAGGUGGCCCUUGAUGAUUGAUCCUCAGGGUCAGGCAAACAAGUGGCUGAAGAACAUGGAGAAGUCCAACAGCCUGCAUGUCAUUAAGCUCAGUGAUCCUGACUUUGUGCGCACGCUAGAAAACUGCAUUCAGUUUGGCACUCCAGUAUUGCUGGAGAAUGUUGGCGAAGAGCUGGACCCUGUACUUGAACCCCUGUUGCUGAAGCAGACAUUUAAACAGGGGGGCAGUAUCUGUAUCCGGUUGGGUGACUCCACUAUCGAAUACUCUCCAGAUUUCCGAUUUUACAUUACAACCAAGCUGCGAAACCCACAUUAUCUGCCUGAGAUCUCGGUCAAGGUUACCCUACUGAACUUCAUGAUAACCCCUGAAGGGAUGCAAGACCAGCUGCUGGGCAUUGUGGUGGCCAGAGAGAGACCUGAUCUUGAGGAAGAAAAACAAGUCCUCAUUGUACAGGGGGCAGAGAACAAGAGGCAGCUAAAGGAGAUAGAAGAUCAAAUUCUUGAAGUGCUCUCUGCCUCAGAGGGGAACAUUUUAGAAGAUGAGAGUGCUGUUCAGAUCCUCUCAUCUUCUAAGGUUCUGGCCAAUGAGAUAUCUGAGAAACAGGCCAUCGCUGAAGCCACCGAGGUGAAGAUAGAUGAGACACGCCUUGGCUACACCCCCAUCGCCGUCCACUCUUCCAUUUUGUUCUUUUCCAUUGCUGACCUGGCCAACAUUGAACCCAUGUAUCAAUACUCUUUAACCUGGUUCAUCAACCUCUUCAUCCUCUCUAUCGAUAAUUCCCAGAAAAGUGAACUUCUCGAACAGAGAUUGCAGAUUCUGAAGGACCAUUUCACAUACUCGCUUUACGUCAAUAUAUGUCGCUCCCUCUUCGAGAAGGAUAAGCUCCUCUUCUCCUUCUGUCUCAACGUCAACCUGCUCAAACACAACAAGCUGGUAGAUGAGACGGAAUGGCGUUUUCUCCUGACAGGCGGAGUGGGUCUGGAUAACCCUUAUCCAAACCCCUGCACCUGGCUGCCUAAAACUUCCUGGGAUGAAAUCUGUCGUUUAGAUGAGAUGGAGCGCUUUAAAGGACUGCGGCAAGACCUGGCCCGUCUACUGGAAGACUGGAAGAAAGUUUAUGACAGCAAGGAACCCCAUCACAGUCCUUUUCCUUCAGUGUGGCAGGAAAAACUAGGACAGUUCCAGAGAAUGCUUGUGAUUCGAUGUUUACGGCCAGACAGGAUUGUGCCCAUGGUACAGGAGUUUGUGUCAAGUAACCUUGGACAGCAAUUUAUUGAGGUUCCUCCUUUUAAUCUGGCCACGGCAUUUGGGGAUAGUCACUGCUGCGCUCCGCUCAUUUUUAUCCUGUCACCUGGAUCAGACCCCAUGGCAGCACUUCUGAAGUUUGGCGAGGAGCAGGGCUUCACAGGAAACAAGCUGACCUCCCUAUCUCUGGGUCAGGGUCAGGGACCCAUUGCAAUGAGUAUGAUCAAGACUGGUGUGAAAGAGGGAACUUGGGUGGUCCUACAAAACUGCCACCUAGCCACCUCCUGGAUGUCUACCCUUGAGCGUGUCUGUGAGGAGCUGAACCCAGACACCACUCACCCAGACUUCCGUCUGUGGCUGACCAGUUACCCCUCUCCAAACUUCCCUGUGGCUGUACUUCAAAACGGAGUCAAAAUGACCAACGAGGCCCCCAAGGGCCUGCGCUCCAACAUUAUCCGCUCCUUCAACAUGGACCCCAUAUCUGACCCUGAGUUCUUUGACAGCAGCUCAAAGCCGGCUGCCUUUAAAAAGCUUCUGUUCAGCCUGUGCUUCUUCCAUGCACUGACCCAAGAGAGGAGAAAAUUCGGUCCUCUCGGGUGGAACAUUCCCUACGAAUUCAACGAGACAGACUUGCGCAUCUCUGUCCAGCAGCUACAAAUGUUUCUGGACCAGUAUGAGGAGAUUCCUUUCGAUGCUCUUCGCUACAUGACAGGAGAGUGUAACUACGGAGGUCGUGUUACAGAUGACUGGGAUCGCAGGACACUGCGCACAAUCCUUUCCAUCUUCUACACACCCGAGAUCAUUGAUGACCCCAGUUAUAAGUUUGACUCCAGUGGCCUGUAUUAUGCCCCACCUGAAGGAGAUUAUAACACCUACGUUGAGUACACUAAGACACUUCCUUUAAAUCCCUCACCUGAAGUCUUCGGCAUGAAUGCCAAUGCUGACAUUACCAAAGACCAAGUGGAAACCCAGCUGCUGUUUGACAGUAUUCUUCUCACGCAGUCUCGUUCUUCAGGUGGUAGCGCCACAUCCGCAGAUGACAUGGUGUAUGAGGUGGCUGCAGACGUUCUCAAUAAACUUCCCCCAGACUUUGACAUAGACGCUGCCAUGCGCAAGUACCCCACCUGCUACAACCAAAGCAUGAACACAGUGCUGGUGCAAGAGAUGGGACGAUUUAACAAACUCUUGCAGACCAUCCGGGAUUCCUGUGUCAACAUCCAGAAAGCCAUUAAGGGUCUGGUGGUCAUGUCUGCUGAACUCGAGGAGGUGGUGAGCAGCAUUCUGAAGGGUCGCAUCCCUGCCAUGUGGAUGAAAAAGUCAUAUCCCAGUCUCAAACCCCUGGGAAGCUACAUAAAUGACUUUCUUGAAAGACUCAAGUUUUUACAUGAAUGGUACAAGGGGGGCACGCCUGCGGUUUUCUGGAUGUCUGGAUUCUUCUUCACUCAGGCCUUCCUCACGGGAAGCCAGCAGAAUUAUGCUCGCAAAAAAAACAUUCCCAUUGACCUGCUCAGCUUCGACUUUGAAGUCAUGGAGGACAAGGAGUACAAAAGCUCCCCUGAGGAUGGUGUUUACAUCCAUGGCCUGUUCUUGGAUGGUGCGCGCUGGGAUCGAAAGACAAAACGCUUGGCAGAGUCUUACCCCAAAAUCUUGCAUGACACCAUGCCUGUGAUUUGGCUUAAACCCAUGAAGAAGCAGGACAUUCCAGAGCGGCAGUGCUACAUCUCUCCUGUCUACAAAACUAGUGAGAGACGCGGGACCCUUUCUACUACAGGUCACUCCACCAACUAUGUCAUUUCUAUGACUCUAAAUUCAGAUGUGCCUCCAGAGCACUGGAUCCGUCGUGGGGUGGCUUUACUGUGCCAGCUUAACUCAUAGAUAUUAUUAAGAAGUAUCAUAAAGUAUAUUAAGUUCUGUGAUCCUUGUGUUUGUUUAUUAUUACUCAUUAUUAAACAAGUGCCUAAAUUGAUCUUGCCAUCCUUACAUUCUCUAAAGUUUAGUACAGUUAUAAAAUGAUAGAAUUUUAAUAACCCCAAACUCUCAAAGUAGUCUUUGUAAACUUUAUUUUCCACUUCGGACAAAGAAAUGCACAGCCAAUCAGCAGGAAUGAUAACCUUAAACAUUCAAGCCAAGUAAAAAAAUUGUCUAGCCUUAACUGACUUCUAAAAUGUAAGUAAUGGCUAUUUAAUAAAGCAAUAAAAUAACA